AUGAGCAGCUCCGAUGAAGAAGACGUUGCCUUGUCGCAAAUAACCAAAAAUAACGGCAAUGGUAAAACCAGAAAGAGACGGAUGGUUCCGGAUUCUGAUCCUGAUUCGGACUCGGAUUACAACGAAGAUACUCCGAUUGCACAAUUGAAUGGUAAAUCUAAAGUCAAACCAGCACCAAAGAAACAAAAGACAACUGAGAAGAAGACCGCAGAAAAGAAGAUGUCAGCAAAAAAGGCAUCAACUCCAAGGAAAGCAAAGAAGGCGACUGUUAAAAAGGAGGCUGUUAAAAAGGAGACCACUGCUAAAACUACUGUUAAGAAAGAACCUAAAAAGAAGUCCAUAGAAAUUCCUAUAACUCCUCCAACUUCUAACGGAUCCAGAGCUAAAUCUGAGGAAUCCGUAAAGAACGAAGACGAGGAAGAAGAGGAGGAAGAUGAAAGUUACAAAUGGUGGGAACGAGAAGAAGAUUUGGAUGGAGAAGUUAAAUGGGAAACCUUAGAACAUAAAGGAGUGUUAUUCCCUCCACCAUAUGAACCAUUACCUUCCCAUGUCAAGCUAUAUUAUGAUGGGAAACCUGUUGAGAUGCCCUUGGAGGCAGAAGAAGUUGCAGGUUUCUAUGGAGCCAUGUUAGAAACUGACCACGCAAAGAACCCAGUGUUCCAGAAGAAUUUCUUUAACGACUUCUUGGACGUUCUUAAGGAAUCUGGUGGAUGUACCAAUGGAGUAGUUAUUAAGGAAUUUGAUAAGUUGGAUUUCUCUAAAAUGUUUCACUAUUACGAACAACAAAGAGAAGCAAAGAAACUAAUGACUCGUGAUGAAAAGAAACAAAUUAAAUUGGAAAAGGAGAAAUUGGAAGAACCCUACAAAUUUUGUUAUUUGAAUGGGAGAAAGGAGCAAGUAGGAAAUUUCCGUAUUGAACCUCCAGGAUUAUUCAGAGGAAGAGGUGCCCAUCCGAAAACAGGGAAAUUAAAGAGAAGAGUUUAUCCUGAAAGUGUUACAUUGAAUUUGAGUGAAAAUGCUCCAGUUCCUGAGCCUCCAAUGGGUCAUCAAUGGGGUGGAAUUCAACAUUUAAAUACCGUUACUUGGUUGGCCAUGUGGAAAGAAAAUAUUGCUGAUCUGAUCAAGUAUGUUAGACUAGCACAAAAUUCUUCACUUAAAGGACUUUCCGAUUUCAAGAAGUUUGAAACUGCCAGAAAGUUGAAAGACCAUAUUGAGCCAAUCAGAAAGGAUUAUCGAAAGAUGUUAAAAGAUGAGUUAAUGUUAAACAGGCAAAUGGCCACAGCAACUUAUCUUAUAGAUGUCUUCGCCUUAAGAGCAGGUGGUGAAAAGGGUGACGAUGAAGCAGAUACUGUUGGAUGUUGCUCAUUAAGAUUUGAGCAUGUUACUUUGAAACCUCCAAACAUUGUUAUAUUUGAUUUCCUCGGUAAGGAUUCUAUUCGGUUUUAUCAAGAAGUUGAAGUUGAUAAGCAAGUGUUUAAGAACUUGAGAAUCUUUAAGAAAGCUCCGAAAAGACCAGGUGAUGAUCUUUUUGAUCGUAUAACUCCAACAUUGUUGAAUAAGCAUUUACAAAACUAUAUGACUGGAUUAACAGCCAAAGUGUUCCGUACUUAUAAUGCAUCCAAAACUAUGCAAGAUCAACUAGACCUAAUUGCUAAUGAAGGAACAGUGGCAGAAAAGGUGAUGAAGUUUAAUGCUGCCAACAGAACUGUUGCUAUCUUAUGUAAUCAUCAGCGUACGGUCAGUAAGAAUCAUAGUACUAGUGUGGAAAAGAUCACUUUCAAAUUAAAGGAAAUGAUGUGGCAGAAGAUAAGAUUGAAGCGGAUUUUAUUAGAAUUAGAACCAGAGUUGAAGAAGAAAGACAAGCAUUAUUUUUCUGAAAUCGAUGAUUUGGCAAAGGAAGAUAUCAUGCAAAUCCAUGAGGUUAUUAUAGAAAGACAACGAGAACAAGUGUUUAAGAAAUUGGCAAGAGAUAAUGAGAAAUUAAAGGCCGAGGGCCAACCAUUGCUAACAGAAGAUUCAGUGAAGGAAAAACUUGAAAAAAUUGAGGAAUUAAAGCAGGAAUAUGCAGAAGAACUCAAAACAGGUAAACCGGAGGUCAAAUCCAAUAUGACUGUUGAAAAGUUAAAGAAACAAAUUGAAGUGAUUGAAACUCGGGUUUUAAAUACCGAGGUUCAAUUAAAGGAUAAGGAAGAUAAUUCAGAGGUGUCUUUAGGAACUUCCAAAAUGAAUUAUAUUGAUCCUCGAUUAACAGUUAUGUUUGCAAAGAAGUUUGAGGUUCCCAUCGAGAAGCUCUUCACCAAAACUUUACGAGAUAAAUUCAAAUGGGCCAUCGAAUCUGCGGAUGAGAAUUGGCGGUUCUAG